AUGUCCAUUCUGGGGUAUUUGGGCCUGUUUCUGGUGUUAGCUUAUGGGGUGUUUACUUUCAUAUUGUAUGGGAUUACUGCUAUUUGCAAAGGAACGUUCUUUCACAGACAGACUGAAAAGGAGAACCUAGAGCUGGUAUUGGCAAGAGAUCGAUUCUGGAACCUCUCGAAGCCAUGGGCGGGUCUCUUUCACCGAUUCCUCACCCUGAGGACAGGGUUUAAAUUUCACUACAUCACGAGCGAUGAGCCGGGAACAGCUGGACGUCAAAAAUCCGACAAGCCACUUGUUAUUUUCUUACAUGGUUUCCCCGAUAGCUGGGCCAUUUGGCGACACGUCCUCGCUUCUUUCUCGAUCCGCGAAUCAAGCACAGUAGUUGCAGUUGACCUUCCAGGAUACGGCGGAAGUGACUCGUUAAAGAAGUAUGGAGCCACUGAAGUUCUGGAGGCUUUGACAGAGUUUAUUAUCUCGCUCCGAGAAGAGUGCGGCGUGGAUAGUCCUGACAAUGAGCACCGUUCAAGAAAGGUGUUUAUCGUUGCGCACGACUGGGGUGGUCUGCUGGCUUUUCGUCUAGCUGCUGAAGCUCCACAGGUGGCCGACAGAUUCAUCAUUGUCAAUGGGCCUUUGAUGGCCUUGGUGAGAUCUAACGUACGCCUCCUGACUGAAUCUUCAUCCAAAAUGUUCAAAAUGUUCCUACGAGAGCCGUGGCACUCCAGGUCACUUUUGUUGAAAUCAGUGCAAACAUUGAAACCCGUGAUCCACCAGUUUUGGUGUUCUGGAUACAUCUUUGCCUUCCAGUUACCCAUGCCUCUUGUCAGAUAUAUGGGAACCGGCGGAAACUAUUCCUUUCUGAAAGCAAUCCACCGAUUAUCUGUCGGUGUAGCCGGCAAGUUCACGCUUCGAGACGCCCAAGAGUCAAUGGCGAGUACCCUCGGCCCCGGGGUACUGGAAUGUGAAAGUAUGACAAAUGAAGGAGAAAAAUACCCCCCAUCAGUACUUGAGCGCGAUAAAUCUGGGAAUUUUGGCGCUAUAGUGUCAUAUUAUCGCCAUGGGGCGGCCGACGGAGUCUGGCACAAGUCACUGGAAACGAUCUCGUCUGUAUUCAAUAUAUGGCCGGACGGACCACGACGAACUAGUAGCGGAACGGGCAUGUUUGAUAUUACGAAUGGCUCACUAAAAGCCAAUGCAACAGUUUUAUGGGGCCAAUCGGAUGUUGCCCUCGACUCUCAUCUUGCACUGGAAGGGAUCGCGGACUAUCUUGUCCACGGAAGUCAAGUGAUUGUGCUUCCCAGAACUGGUCACUUUCCGCAAGUCGAAGUUGAAAGUAGGGUGGCUCUCGAGAAAGUGAUCGAAUGGGCCGUUCGUGGCGAGAAGGGUGAUUUGGAAACAUUCGUGCGUUCUAAAUAUCCCGAUGCCAAAGCCGUAGUCCGAAAAUAA